CGACCUAUUCCAUUAUACCACAAAAUUUUCUACAGCACGUUGGUGAUAUAUUUAUUGGUAACUGUGCAGCAUGUAUUAGUUUACCUAUAGCCACCAACCAUCAACAAAAUCGGGGAAAAGUCCAAUUUGCUAUCAUUUCUACAAGCCGCAUUUGUUUUAAGCAUAACUGGGUAUUUUCUAAGAGCUGAAAUACUUGAAUGUAAAAUAGAAACUGAAUGUAGAAAAAUAGAACCUUUCAGAGGCUGAUUGAACUUUCGACUUUAUAACUUUUCGGCAUGUUGGCCUGCCGCCUAUCAAAGCACACGAUAGACGCUCCCAUGACUUAAGGUACCAUUUACCAUUUUAACCAAAUACAGUAAAUUCAUACACGCAAGCACAAUAGCGGGAUAGUCUACUAGAAUUAGUCGCCCCUUCGUACGUGCUACCCUCUUUCUUUGCUAAGCGAACAGGAAUCAAGCUAACAUUUGCACUACCAACGCAUUAAACACGACAUAUUAGCAAGCAGAGUAGUAGCAUGCUACUUAGCACAACGUAAAAACAAAUUCCCGUAAAAAUUGCUGCGAAUUUUGGAAGCGUACGGUCGAAAAGUAACCCAUCAAAAGCUUACUCCAAAAACUUGGGUAACACAAACUACAUUUACCCUGCGUUUGAUACAUUGACCCAAGAAACCCGCAGCCCGGGUGCUGUAAAUACGGGGGGCUCACCCACGUCACGUAGAUGGCCUAGUUUCAAGAAAGCUCUUCCUUUCACUCGAUCUAUUAGUGGGGACCGUUUAGACCGAAGACAAAAGCGAGAAAAACGUGUUCAAACACAGUCUGCCAUAUUUCGUGGAUCAAACAUAGGCAGCACAGGCUAUUCUGGCGCGAGUGACACAAACUUCAGCAGACUUACUUCACUUCUUUCAUUCAAUCCUCAAAAUCAAUCAAAAUCCAACCCAACACAAAAAGCCACGCAGGGUAACCGCAACGUCAAUAGUUCUCAUAUUCGAAAUUCACCUUCAAGUGAUUUGACAAGAACUGAGUCAUAUAUGGCUGCCAGCGCCAACGACUCCCAAUAUCCCAGUCUGCUAGACGAAAGCGACGAGUUUAACAACAGUCAAGUAACUACUUCACGCGAGGCGCGUGAGCAAAGAAUGACUCAGCGUGCUCGGGAUGUUCUCAUGGAUGAUUUAUAUACUAUGUUUGUGCAGCGUGAAAGAUGCGGGGCCGACUUCAAGUUCAAAUGCGGCACUAAGAUUUUCAAGUGUCAUCGUUCAUUUCUGAUGGCCCGCAUGAGGAUUUACUACUCGGGUCUGGGCGACAAAAUUGGUAUCGUGACUCUGCCUAAACAUUUCCAACCAGAUGCUUUCGAAGCGGUGCUCAUGUAUAUCUACACGGCCAAGUUGCCAGUCGGCUUCACCCAGAUGGCUCUGGGAAUCCUUCCCAUUUCCAACUACUUCUCCUGCGACGACCUCAUCAACAGGUGCGAGCUGGAACUGGUAAACAAUCUGCAGCCAGAGAAUGCAGUCACCACCCUGGAUGUGGCCAGGAAAGAAUCCAGGGAACAUCUCCAAUACAAAGCUGCGAAAUUCAUCAAAAAAAAUAUCGACUCAGUCAGGAGAACGGAAAGCUACCGGGCCUUCCUGGAUGCAGAUGAGGGGAACUGUCGACUGCUACUCGACAUUGUCACUCAGACUCUGAAGCGACCGACAAGUGUCUGCAGCAACCCAGGGUCACCAUCGCCACCACCUUACGACCCGAGCGCACCCGCGUCCCGAUUCUCGCUAUCUGACAACGCCGAGUGCUUCAUUCCAAUCUGA